GGCGGCCUGAUGAACGACGUCAAAAACCGGUUCAUCCCGCACUACGCGUCCGACUGGACGGACGGUUUAUCCAUGAAGACGGUGUCUGCGGCGUUGCUCAUGUUUUUCGGAUGCUUAGCCCCGUGCAUCGCGUUCGGGGCGCUCACGAGCAUCGAGACGGACGGAAAGAUGGGCACCACGGAGUACAUCCUCGCGCAGGCGGUCGCGGGUAUAUUCUUCUCCCUCGUCGCCGGGCAGCCCGAGAUCGUGCUGCGAACGACCGGCCCGUCGACCGUGUUUCUCAUCGAGCUCAACGCGGUGUGCGACCGCUACGACGCGCCCUUCGCGACGACGUACGCGUGGACGGGGAUAUGGGCGUCGCUGUUCAUGGUGAUCAUCGCGCUCACGGACGCGUGCGUGCUGAUGCUUCGUAACUGCACGCGGUUCACGCAGGAGAUCUUCGGGCUGUUCGUGUCCGCGAUCUUCAUCAGCGCGGGCCUGGGCGCGUUCUUCAUGCGCGAGCUCACCGCGGACUUUGGCAUCGCGGCGGCGAUCACGAUAAGUUCCCUCGUCGCCUGGGGCAGCGACGUGAACGGGAUGGAGAUGCUCGACAUAAGCGACGACGUCGAACCCGCGGACGGUCGGAACUGGGUCGUGAACCUUUACAGCGGGCCGAGUUGGAUCCCCGCGUUCGCGAUCAUCCCCGCGUUCCUUCUCGCGCUCUUGAUGUACGUGGAGAUGAACAUAUCCUCGCUGCUCGCGAACAAGGCGGAAAACAACCUGAUCAAAGGCGCGGCGUAUCACCAAAAUUUUCUCGUCAUGGCGUUGAUCACGCUCGCGUUUUCGUUCUUCGGUCUGCCGCCGAUGACCGGGUCGCUGCCGCACUCGCCGCAGUUCAUUCGCGCGCUGUCAGACGUGGAGGAGAUCACCGUGGGUGGGCAAACGAAGACGAAAGUGCUGUGGGUCCGCGAGAACAGGAUCGCGCCGCUGCUCGUGAACGUGUUGAUAUUCCUCUCGCUCGUGAUGACGCCGUUACUUCGCGAGAUCCCCAUGGCGGUUCUGUACGGACUGUUCUUAUACUUGGGCAUCACCGGGCUCGCGACGUCGCAGUUCUGGACGCGGAUCAAGAUGAUCUUCAUGGACCCGCGUUUACUUCCUCCGACGCACUACGUGAGGAGGGUGCCGAUAAGCCGCGUGCACGCGUUUACGUUCGUGCAGCUCGCGUGCUUGGGGAUGCUCAUCGGCGUGAGAGCGUCCCCGGCGGCGUUAUUUUUCCCGCUCUUCAUCGCGAUUUUGAUGCCGCUUCGACGGUUCUUGUCGUGGAAGAACAUCCCGCUGUUCACGUCCUCGAUGUUGAGGAUGCUGGACAUGAUCGCGGAAGGAAGCAACGCGGAGGCGGCGUACACGGACGGCGACCGCGGCGCCGGCGGCCUCGGCCUGAGCGUCAGCGAUUGGGAAGCCCCGGCGAAAGGCGCCACCAGGAAUAGUUACUUGGAUCUCCGGACCGUGGGGCCGGACGUGAACGGCGCGGAGCUCGUCCCGGGGUCGCCGCUCAAGGAGAAUGGGGACGUCGUCGUGGGCGCGAAGGACGUCGACGUGAAGGUGAACGGCGACGAGAACGGCGCGACGUAGAGUUCGAGCGAGCGAACAGAACGGGACGCGUCAGAAGCACAGUAGACUCACAUGUAUCAUCAAAUCCCGUCGAAGG